AGAAGAAGGCUGAUAGCAAGAGUGUGGUUAAGUUAAUUUGAUAGCACAGUCAGUAAUAUUGGUCUUUUGCUUCUGUUUAGUAUCACUGUUUGAGAAUGGAAACCUCCAAUGAACAGAGACCGACAAUAAAACAUCGGUCACUCAAAUGCCACUCUGACUCUGACAGUGGAAAGGAUGAGAUUUACAGGCAGCAUAGGAAUAGAAACAAUGAGGCUGUAGAAAGAUGCCGAAAGAGGAAAGCAGAGCAAGCAGAAAGAAUCAAAGGGCGCAUAGAGGAUCUUGAGAGGCAAAAUGAGAAACUAUCAGGCUACAUUGAGGCUCAAAAACAGGAAAUAAUUAGAAUGCAAAAAAAUUGUGAAGAACUGAGAGAAAUGAUUGCCCCACACAUAAUUAAUAAGAGUCUUGGUAGUCAUGAUAUUUAAGGAAACUCAUUACCAUCUCCAACUAAAUGUUGUCAGACAUUGUGGGUAAGAAGAUUUAUGGUGACAGCCCAAGUGACAUGAGUGAAUCAAAACAAAUCGAAGAUCAAAAGAACCAAACCAGAUGGGAAAAAAUUAUGAGAAACCAAAGCCUAAAACAGCGCUGUUCUGUAAUCAAUACUGUAAAAGGACACAGAAUAUCACUCUAUGUGGAAUUACAGGCAUUUAAAAUAGGAAAGGUAGACAACUUUGUAAUCGGGCCCAAAUAAAAAUGGCUGAUAAAAAUGUAAAUUUUUACACUCUG